AUGGAAAGGUCGAAGCAAAGCUCGCGAUUUUUUCUCUGCAUGCAGCGGCCGCCUCCACACAGCGCCCACACACCCCGUGGGGACUUCCCAGUUUACGCAGCAAAUAACCGCAUGCAUGCUAGACUGUUUAUCCGCCCCUCUCGCCUAGGUUCGACGCUGUACUUCCCCGCUUGGCAAGAGGAGAGACUUCGAAUCCGAUUGCAAAGCGCACCCUCUGCGGAAGUAAAGGACCCUGAAACUUUUCCGUCUCGGUUUUUCCGUCCUAGCAAGAGAACCACAGACGGGUGCACAGAGUGGGGAACGGAAGCUCAUUCUGGCUUUCUCUCGCGUCACCUACUGCCUCGUCCCGGCCUCCUCUCUCCCCGGUCUCCCCUCUUUUCCGUCACCGAAAGCAACAUGGCGGAUUCGGGCGCCUUCUCUCUUCGUUUCCGGAAACUGAAGACAAACCCUCUUCUGCAGAGGAAGCAGUUCGGUGUGGACAUCCUCCACCCGAGCCGUGGCUCUGUGUCGAAGAAGGAGUUGGUGGAAAAGAUCGCCAAACAAUUCCGCGUUUCCGACUCCCAGAGCAUCGUCGUUUUUGGUCUGAAAACUGCCUUCGGUGGCGGCAGAUCGUCUGGCUUUGCGAUGAUCUAUGACAACCCCAACGCGGCAAAGAAGUUCGAAAACCGAUUCCGCCUUGUCCGUCUGGGCUACGUCGAGGCGAAGCCAACCAAGGGCCGGCGCGCAUACAAGGAGUUGAAGAACAGAAGGAAGAAAGUUCGCGGAAAGGAGAAGGCGAAGUGCUCUGGUGCCGCCAAGAAAUAAACGCUCUUUGUUGUGGCAAAUUUGGAGGAGUUGUUCAUCGACGUCUCGAAACAGUCACUGUGCCGUGGUAGUCUGUUGGAUGAUGGCACCGAGCCUUUGUAGGUCGCGGGUCUCUUGUGCGGGCGUGAGCCGCGUGUACUCCUGCAUGCCUGUGUAUACAUAUAUGUUUUAUAUAUCGUAUACAUGCCUGUAGGUUUACGUGAACAAGUUUUGGAUUGUCGAAAGAAUAGGUGCUGUCUACCUUGAACUGGAAGUUCUUUUGAGAGGUUCGGAGAGUUGACUGACUUUGUGUGCGCAAGGACGUUUGAGAGCGACGAUAGGUUCUUGCCGUCGUAAAAGUGUUGAACAGCUUUGUCUUCCGUAACAGGGGUUCCGAGUUGAUCAAUCGGGCUCUUCAUUGACUGCCGAGAGAAAUAGAAUUGGCAGUUUAAUAGGCUUCUCGUCUCUCGCAGGCGAGUAGCAGGAGGUUUCUGCUAGAUUAACAUGCAACUCUAGACACUGGCAUUCGUCGUGAUUGGUACGAAGCCCUGGAGAAGGCCCAUCCGAGUACGUGCACCUUUGCGUUGUCAGACCACUCCUCACAGGUCAUGUACAGCAAAUGGAUCAUCAUUCCCUGAUCAGUCACGUUGGCGUUUAAAGACAACGACUACGAAUGAGUCUUGCGCUAGACUGUGUACCGUUCUGCUUAGCUCAUAAUCCGUAAAUAGCGACCUUCGUUUUCUCGAUCUCGAUAGUGAUGUGGAAUGUAGCUGUAUGUCUGUUCGUGCGAUCUUCCUGUGCCACACGCCCCAGCAGGCACAUUCAGCGCCGUCACGUUUAGUGAACGGUCUGGAUAGACUCUACCACCCCUUGCUGGUCAGGACUCGUCCUCUUAAAUUCAGUCGGAGGCGCUGGCAACUCCCACUGCUGCAGAAAGUCAUCGCUCAACUCCCC